UUUUCAAAUCAAACCAGUCACGAUAGUCGGUGUACCCCAUCAAGUUUUACGAGAUAUGCAAGGUGAUGUUGCUGCAUUUGGCAGAGAAAUCCAAGAUCAUAUAUCCAAUUGGAUGGAAACUGUCCCAAUAAAAAGUAUAACCAAUCGUCUGUGUGAACGGAAAGCCGAAAGCACGGGCUUCGCCAUUGAUAUGACUCAGAAUGUAUUCUGUGCAGUUUCUGAACCACUUGCGCUGAUGAGUAAGGGUAACGUUGGAGCACCACUUGUACAAAAUGGAAGGUUAAUGGGAAUUUUUAAAGAAUUGUAUCCUAAGCAGCCGGAAGGAUAUCUGCCACACAAAUUAAAUAUUUUUAUAUUUGCCUCCUACUACAAAGAUUUUAUAUUAGAUUUAAGAGACAAUUUUUAAAGAGGAACACAUCAAAAAAUUUA